AGAGCAUGUUAGCUAUUUGCUAGAAUUAAGAGCGAGCAGGCAGCGCACAGCAUGGACAAGGUGAAGUCGAAGGUGAACGAAGGGACUAAAGUACCAGUGGACCAAACUAAACAGCGACCAGGCUCAGCCAAGAAACCAUCUCACUCUCGUCGUAAGAGACCUCCGAAACGUCUUUCCCAGCGGCCCAACGAUGUGUACAUCAAUCGUUCCUCCCAGUUUGCAGGGCAGCUGUCUCGUUGCAAGAGGCUUUUCGAUCAGGGGUUCCAAGAGGUAACGGUACAUGGUCUAGGUGCUGCAAUCCAUCGAGCUAUCAAUCUGUCGUUGCAGCUGCGAGAGAACUACACCCUCUCCACUCACACCACCACCUCCACUGUGCAGCUGGUGGACGACCUGGAGCCAUUGACAGAUGAUGUUGACUAUCAGACUCAGUCGAGGCCCAGUUCUGCCAUUCACAUUCGACUCUCUCGACUCUCCCCACCACCCACACCACCCUCACUUCCUACACCACCCUCACACCCUACACCAUCCUCACACCUUACAUCAUUCUCACACCCUACACCACCCUCACACCCACCAUCUUCACUCCCUACAUCAUCCUCACUUCCUACACCAUCCUCACACCCUACACCAUCCUCACAAACUGCACAGCCCUCACAGUCGUCAACAAAGCAGAGUGGGCGGAGAAAGAGCUCAGGAAGCAAGAGUUCUGGUGGCAAAAGUUCAGACAGAAGCUCCAAAAGUAAAGACUACACAGCUAGAACUUUGUGAUACAUGCAGCUUGUUGUUAUUAUUAUUAUUAUUAUGCACUUAUUAAUUUUACUAAUUGUAUUAUAUGAAUUUUGUGAUUUGUAUAAUUAUAGAGGUGUUAUGUGGGACAUGUGUUCUUUAUAAUUAUUUGAGACCAUGAA